CUGCAGGGCUAUCUCGGCCUGCUCCUCGGAUUCCUCUUCCUGACCCUCGCUAUAGCCAGCGGGCUUUACUAUCUGUCCGAACUGGUGGAAGAACACACAGUCCUAUCCAAGAAACUCCUCUACCAACUCAUAUAUGCUGUUGUCGCGAUCCAAUUGCUCCUAGCAGUCGUUGACCGAUUUCCUCUAUGGAUAUCGCUGUUCAGCAUUGCUAGCCAUGGAGUGUACAGCUUGAACUUGCGCCGCUUCCCAGUAGUCAAGCUCACCGAACCCGUCUUCCUCGCCUCUUGCGCAUUGGUACUGGUAAACCACUGGCUAUGGUUCCAACACUUCUCCAAUCCGCCAAUGACGACGUUCGGAUCACCGGGACGAUAUUCCUACUACGAGACGCGCGACAUGCCAACCUUUACCGAAAUCGCCAGCUUCUUCGGCCUGAACGUAUGGCUGGUACCAUUCGCGCUGUUCGUCAGCUUGAGCGCCGGCGAGAAUGUGCUUCCGAGUAUGGGCAGCGAUGGAAUGAAUGGUGGUGAUAUGGGCCAAAUCAGGACGAGGCAUAAGAGAAGCAAUACCCAGACCGGCAUGGCGAAGGCCGCUGUAAAUGGUGUGAGAGAUUGGGUGGGCGAGACUGGAGAGCUGAUGGGCUUCUGGAAG